UAGAUAUUUCUUUUCUUCUUCGGCUUCGACGAAACUUUGAUCUCUCAGAAUCUCUCAUCGCUUCAUCGUUUCAUUGUCUCUCUCGUUCAUCUCUCAUAGCUUCAUCGUUUUGUUUAUGCAGCAUCUUUGAAGGCAUCUUUGAUAUAAAUUUAUCCCCAGAACUAUAUAGGUUACAAUAGUAUGGACGUUGGGUUUGAUUUCGCGGUUGCACCUGCUUCCACCAGUCUUCACCUUGAAAAUUGGGCGCAAUGUGAUAGUUGUGGGACAUGGCGACUACUGCCCCUUGGCCUGAAUACUGAGAAGCUGCCUGAUAAGUGGCUGUGUAGCAUGCAAACGUGGCUGCCUGGAAUGAACCACUGUGGUGAUCAGCAGGUUGACCAGAAAGCAAAGUGGCGAUCAGCUGGUACUGAUUGUCAGAUAAAGACCAAGAAGAAAAAGGAGGGUGACAAACAAGAAAGUGAUGGUUCCAAGCAUAUCACGACUGGUGUUGGCAACAAACUCGCCAGAGGUAUGAAAGUAGAAGAAAUACAUUGGAAUCAAGAUCCGGAAUGGACUCCAGCAGAGAGAAAAACAAAGCGUCCUGACAAUGAUUUUCACACUUUGGAUAUAGAGCGAGACACAAAGAAAAGAUUACUCGCAUCUAAAAGCAAACCUGAUCACAAACGUCAUCUACCAACUGCUAGUGGUUCCUUGUGUACAAAAGCUCAUUGCAGAAUCAAUACUCCAGUGAGGAAAAUAAGGUUGAUGGGUUCCAAGCAGGGUAGCGAUGGCAACAGUUUAAAAUUGUUUGCAGAUAGUGAUCAAAAAGAGCCAUCGAUGGUCAAGGCGACAAUAAAUAAGAUUUCAGUUCAGGAAUCUAAAGCAUGCCAAAGAAAUGAAUUGUUUCAGGCUGGUGGCUCUCAUGAAUCUGAAACAUUUUCUGAAAACUUGAGAGCAAGAUCUUUCUAUUGAUAUAAAGAUAGUCUUCUGGGUCCAUUUGGUUUGAUGGGAAAUUGCUUCCAAAGUUGACUGUUCGCAGGGUUGUGUCAUUCGGGUUAUGUGUUGGGAAUUUGGUCAUAACUUUAAAACCGUGAGUCAAAAUCAAGAUCUGUUUUUUUUUCUGUGGCUUUGUAUGUCUGUUGUGAAUCUUUGUAUGUCUCACGAGAGUUAUUCGCAUGGCGGGUUAGAAACUAUGUUAUGUCAGUUACAGAUGUCUCCCCUUCAUAUGGAAUGACUUUGUUUCUCUCGGCUGGAAACAAUAUCAGAGAAAGGAUACACUUCCCUCUGCAACGUUACAGAUUCAGAAAUGAGAAUAUGGUGUGCACAAUUAUAAGCUCUCAACAGUGGUUUCAGAGAAGGAACUGUUUGCAUUGAGAUAAAAGAAAUAGCAAUACUGUGAUGCAAAUACUAGAAAUAGAAUCAAUCAAACAAACCAGACUACAGUCAGGCAAGCUAUCAUGAAAUGUACCUGAUUGAUCGAUUUUAGGAUUAAGCUGCAACCAUUCAUCGUGCAGUCCAUUAAGUAGAUACGGGGAAAUUUUAGAUUCUUGUCAUUAGUUGGUGUCUCUGCUUCAGAACAAACAAAACAAUAGGAUAAGAGAAUGAAGAAAAAAGUUGAAAACAUGUCCUUUUCACUUUCGAAAGAUAAGAGGAAAAAAAACUAGUUAAGUAGCUUCACGUAAAAUAUCCUAUAAAUAUAUGAGUUACUCUUCUUCUCUUUACUCACUCUGUCUCUCUCUCUCUCUUUUAAUAAUAUCUCUCUCUUAUUUUCUCUGUAAGAAACAACAAACCCUAAUAAUAAUGCCGGCAAUGACGAAAAGAAGAGGAACAAAGAGAAAGAUUGAGAUUAAGAAGCGCGACACUAAACAACAACGCUCGGUGGCUUGCAGCAAACGCCGUCAAACUCUCUUCUCCAAAGCCGCUGAUCUCUGCCUUCUCUCCGGGGCCAACAUCGCCGUCUUCGUAACCUCUCCGGCAGAGAACAACGACGUUGUCUACUCCUUCUCCGGCUACUCUCCUGCCUCUGAAAUUGCUGACUGUUACCUCAACGGCAAGCCUCCGACGAUGAUUAUUAACCCCCAAUCCAAGCUAGGGUUUUGGUGGGAAGACCCUGAUCUCUACCGUUAUUGCGACGAUCUCUCUGAGUUAAACGUGAUCGAGGAUCGUAUGAUGAGAACGAGGAAGCAUCUGAUGGCUUGCCUUGACAAGAAAGAAAAAUCACAAUCUGUUUCCAAUUCUGAUCAAAACCCUAGCCCCUCUUCUCUCGACGAAAACCCAAAGUCCUCGAGUCCAUCUUCAUGUGAUGAAAUUGCUUCUUUUGAACAGAACUGUACUUUCUCCUCCCUCGAGAAGAUCUGUGGCGAGCCUUCAUCACAAGCUACUUGUUACUAUGACCAAAACCAUACCUUCGCUAUUGAAGAUCUCUACCGCGACUCAUCAUCCGGUCAAUCAGGUUACUUGCUGAAAGAAGAUGAUGUUGGAUUUGUUGAAUCUUUAUGGGAAACAGAGAAACAGAGUGACAUAAUGAGUAUGUUCCAAGAAACAGUCCUUUAAGCAUAAUUAGGGUUUUAAUCUUUCUUUUAAACUCUAACUUGAUCUGUUCAUUACGUAAUUUACCUUGUUAUUAUUCUGUGUUUAACGAUCUUGGAGAUUCAUGUUGUUUAUUUGUUUUCAA